AUGCGACCUAAGGAUGCAGCCAAGUUGGCUAUGUCUAUGAAGGAUCUUGGUAUUGAUCCAUUAGACUUUGUACCAAGGACAGAACAACUGAGUGAUAAUAAUAAUGAAGAGGAGGAGGAGGGGGAGAAGGAUAGUAAUAAUAAUAAUAAGAAGAAGUAUAAGGAUAAAUGGGCACUUACUGAUGAGGAAAAGCAGAAAUACUCAUCAUUAUUUAUGGCAUCUGAUCCAAAAAGAAGUGGUUAUAUAACGGGUAAGAUUGGUAAAGGUAUAUUCGAGAAAAGUAAGCUAAGUAAAGAAAUGUUAAGCUUGUUAUGGGAACUGGCUGAUCAAGAUAAGGAUGGUAAACUGAAUCUUAAUGAGUUUAUAGUAGCCAUGCAGUUGAUAAGUAAAUGCAAGACUAAGGGUUAUGCUAUACCAGCGAUCUUACCUAAGUCGUUACAGGAAGUUAUUGGAGAAUCAAUACCAAUAAGAUCCCUCAUUGACAACUUGGAUAAUCAUAAGCAGCAACAACAAGAAGAACAACAGUUAGAGGAGCAUGAAGGAUCUUCUCCCAUGUUUGGUGAUAAGAAAGAGUAA